AAAAUGUAAGAAUAUUCUGCAAUGCUAUUGAUCUUUUUCGUGAAAAACACUGCACUGUUAUCUAUAACUGCCACUGUCAGGUACUUUUGUUGACAUCAAGAUAUAUAAGUGAGCAAGAUAAAUAAUUGGCCAACAACGCAAGUAAUUAUGUGACAUUCGCAAUAUCAUGCUGAUAUCUUCUGAUAUCUUCUGAUAACGCUAUUGCUAUAAACACGCUGGAAGAAGAUCAUAAAUAAUCAUCUCCCAAGUUGCAGACUGCAGUGGAUGCCAUGUUAAUGUAAAUAUCUAUCAGUAAUGCAGGAAUUGUGCAAUGUAGGAUAAGAAGCAGCUGCUAUAUACAUACAAAAUGAAUUUAUGAAGAAAUCCCAGCAUUCCAAAGGCAUUUGAAUAAGGAAUUUCAUAAUUCAAGAUGGCUGACAAAGGUUCUGCCCCAGCAGUAGAUAUGUCUAGAGCUCCUAUAGACAGAGGCUAUGCUUGGCUCAUAGUUGUGGGUUGCUUCAUAAUGAACUUUGUCACGAUCGGUGCGUAUAAGUCACUGGGUAUUCUCUUUGUUGAGUUCCUUGAAGAAUUCCGCUCAAGCACCGCAUCUACAGCAUGGAUGGCUGCCGUCAUGGGAAUGCUUUUCUCAUUGGGAGCUCCAGUGGCAAAUAGUUUGAGCCAGAGGUUUGGACACAGGAAGGUGAUCAUUGUCGGUGGUAUCCUCAGCACUAUGAGUCCAAUACUUACGUCAUUCGCCACCAAUAUUGUCUACAUUAUCUUCUCUUAUGGACUGCUUAUGGGUGCAGGAGUGGGUUUAGCCUAUGGGCCAAGCAUUAUAAUGGUGGCAAUGUACUUUGAGAAACGUCGAGCGUUGGCCAAUGGUAUCGCAGUAGCAGGUAGCAGCGUGGGACAGUUUGUACUGCCUCCUUUGCUUCGUAUUCUCAUCGAUAACUUCACCUACCAAGGAGCGAUGCUUGUUCUUGGGGGCUUGAUGAUGAACAUUAUACUUGCGGGUGCGCUCAUGAGACCCCUUUCAUAUUACGCUCGGCCAGUCAAGCCAGCAUUUAAGUCAGCGAAGGUAAUUAAGGAGGAUGAUAGUAAAAAAAGCUCAAAUCUUAAAGAAUCUCAAGGCAACCAAAUUGAAAUCCAAAUCGAGGCUGCAACACCACUAACGACACCUAUGGAUGAGACUUUGAACUGUGAUGAUUUUUCAAAAGUUCAGUUAGUUCGACGAUCAUCAUCCGGAUCAAGAUCUGAAUCUCCAAAGCUGACAAGUAAAAAUAGCAGUCCCGUCAGUACAAGUAAAAAUAAACAUGAAACAUUUUUAUACGCUAGUAAUUUGUCAUUAGCUGAUGCGUCUCUUCAACAAAUAUCAGACAGACAAUCAAAUCAAGAAGGGGAUAUAACUGACCUUAAAAUCUCAAGGUCACGUUUUAGUUGGUUAUGUACGUGCUCAAGCGAAAUAGAUAACUCCAAUCCGCCAUUAUUUGAAUGCUCAUUAUUUCGCAAUCCGUUAUUCGUCAUAUUUGUUAUCUCUGCAUUACUCGGGAAUUUUUUCUACGCCAAUCAAUUUCUGUUUAUCCCGCCAUAUUGCAAUGAUAUCGGCAUCUCAAAAGACAAUCAGGCAUUGUUGAUGGCUAUAAUGGGAGCUACAGAUCUUAUUGGACGCAUUUUCUGCGGAUGGGUGGCUGAUUUAGGAAUCAUCAAACGCUCACAUAUAAUGUCAAUUAGUAUGGUAUUUACUGGAAUCGCAGGAUUAUUCGUCCCAUUGAUCAAAACGUUUGAGGGAAUGGCGGUGUAUAUUAGUUUUGUUGGGAUGUUUGGAGGAACGUUUGUUGCCCUUCUUGCCGUGGUACUUGUGGAUUUUCUGGGUGUGGAGAAACUGUCUAGCGGGUUUGGCUUGACCCUCAUGCUGUUUGGUUCAUCGUCAAUGGUCGGACCACCUUUCUUGGGUUGGUUGCGGGACGUCACGAAUAGCUAUAACUCAUCCUUCAGAUUAUGUGGGGCAUCCAUCCUGCUUGGUGGGAUCGUGAUUUUAUUUGAACCGCUUGUAAGACGAUAUCUUGUGAAAGAGUCUCCACCCGAAGGUGAUGUUCAUGAUAAUGAAGCAGAAGAAGCAAAUAAAGAGACUCUAAUAGAUGGUCCAACAAACAUGGCUUAGUCCUGAUGUCUCAUUUUAGCUUAGAUUUAGUUUUGUAUGUUGUAUGUUGUUAUGACCAAAUAUGUCAUUGCUUUGACAUCAGAGUUAAUAAAAAUAUUUAUCGUAUGAUCUGUAAAAUGAAGCCCUCUGAUUGGUCAGUUCUUGUGCUGUACCAA